AUGGCCCGUCAAUCCAGCCCUGAGGAUCUCGCCAGUCGCUUGAUCCACCGGCGCUCGCUCUCACGGCGCUCGCGCUCACGGCUCCUGCUCUGUCACCUCAUCUGCAACAGGUCCCGGAAGGGUUUGAUCCCACCGGCUUUGGCUAUAGCUACGAGGAUGUUGAAAUCAACCGACCUGCUACCCCUCCACGUCACCACUCUGCCGCGCUGGCCGCCCCAAAUCUCGAUGAUGAAUACGAGGGUACGUGUCACCUUGAAACGCCUGGCCUCGUUCUUCACGUCGUGGUCACAGAAGCACGCGCCGGGUGUUGUAGACUUAAGAUCGGUCCAAGAUCAGGCGCAACAGCUUUCGCUUCAAGACGAGCUACCUGACGGCGGUGCCGCGCCUGCUCGCCCACCAAAGAAGAUGCCUGCUGUGAUCCCUGUUUUGAUUGAUCUGCCCCGCUAUGCCAAUUUGAAAGAUACAAGUUCAAUCUUGAAAAACGGCUUGGGCGCCCAAGCCCCUCCCGCCUUAGAUGAGGAGGCCAAUCCAGAGACCGGCCAGGCUCCAGCGCCGCCCCGGCCCCCCAAGACGGCCUCGACCCCGACCGUUUCAAAUCAAACUGCGACACCAGCCAGCGCCGGCGCUUCCCCCGCGCGAGGCCCAGGCCGGCCCCAACUAGCACCGCCCUCCAGUUCUGCCGGAGGCAGUGAGCCGCCGCGCCAAUCGUAUGACUGGAAUGCCAUCACGGAUGGGCCCAGCACUGCCAGCAAGAGCGCCACCCUGACCCCAAUCGUCAAGACUCGCAACGCAACCCGCAUCAUCCAUGUAGAUAAAAUGGCUAACAAGCCACCCGUCAACAAAUCAGCCACGUUGCAGCCUUCCUUUAGCACUGGUUUUGCCCAACCUGCUAUGCCCCGCUCCAAUGCUGCCAUGACCUUGCCCCCAAAUGCUAGCCUGCAGGCGGUUGACGAUGAUAUUUAUGGCGAUUAUGACCCGGCCGCGGUGGAUUGGGCGUACUGGCAAUGCGUUCACACAGCAGAUCGCCAGACAUCAGAGAGCAUUCUGACCGACUAUGCCUACGCCACUGGUGAUAACCACGGUCUAUAUCUUAUGCGACACUCGGGCAAGGUCCCCGGCGCCAUUGUCAUUUCGAUGCACAGUGAUGGCAAGAACUAUCACUAUCAAUUCUUACCCACCCACAACGGGACGUUCCUGGAUGAUAAGAUGCGCGAUCGCGGAACGAUUUCACAGCUUGUUGCUUACUAUGAGGCCCAUCGUGAGGGAUUGGCAGCCCGUCUGCGUACUUGCCUCGGCCCUCUGUAGGUACAGGAUUCGCACAAUAAAAACCAAAAACAAAAACAAGCCACACACACACACACACACACACACCCAAACAAAAAAGGAAAAGCAUCCUUCUUUUUGCCGUUCAUCUCUUUUCGUUUCUGUGAGAGGCCGCGAAAUUUGGAAUGUCGGAGUUCACGAUCAUCAUUUCAAUUGACAAUCUUCCAAGUGA